AUGCAAGUUAAACUGAUAGGAUUCAUUUUAUGUAUAUAUUUUUUGCUUUUAAAAAAUCAUGGUAAAACUAAAUUGAAAAGAAAAACAUAUACUCUUGUAAGAGUAUAUAUAGAAAAGGUUAAGUUAUAUAAAAAAAAAAAAAAAUUAUGGCUAAAUAUUUCAAAAAAAUAUAUAUAUUGUUUUAAUAAAGUUACUGAUUUUACAAAAAUAAAAAAUAAAAACAAUAUGUUAACAUUAAAAGAAAAUAAUACAGGAGAAAUGUUAAGCUCUUGUGAAAAUAUUUUUAAAUUUGAAAAUAUAAGCACUUAUUUAAAUUCAUCUUAUUGGAAAAAUAAAAAUGAAGUAAUACCUUUUAUACAAGUAGCGCCUAUGAUAAAUGUAACUAAUAGGCAUUUUCGUGCACUUGUAAGAAUUUUUACUAAAAAAGCUCAAUUGUGGACUGAAAUGAUAGUUGAUAAUACACUAUUAUAUAAUUUAAAUAAUUUAGAAGAAUACUUAGGUUUCAAUGAUAAUGAACAUCCUAUAGUUUGUCAGUUAGGAGGAUGUGACAUAACUUCCAUGUCGGAAGCAGCUAUUUUAGUUGAACAAGCUGGAUACGAUGAAAUAAAUAUAAAUGUAGGAUGUCCAAGUACAAAAGUAGCUAAUAAAGGAGCAUUUGGUGCAUCUUUAAUGAAAAAACCAGAACACGUUAGAAACAUUGUUUAUGAAAUUAAAAAAAAAGUUCAAAUUCCUGUAACAGUUAAAUUAAGAACAGGAGUUGAUGAUUAUGAUUCCUUUUCAUUUUUAAAAUCUUUUAUAGAAACGGUAUCAUCAGCAGGGUGUAAUCAUUUUAUUGUUCAUGCAAGAAAAGCUUGGUUAAAAGGCUUAGAUCCAAAAAAAAAUAGAAAAAUACCACCAUUAGAAUAUAAAAAAGUAUAUGAUUUAUGUAAGCUUUAUCCUAAUUUAAAAUUUACCUUAAAUGGAGGUGUAAAGACUAUAGAAGAAGCUACAGCUUUAUUAAAUGGAUAUAUGCCACAAAAUAAUGAUUUAAAUCAAAAUAAUUAUGUUUUUGUUGAAAAUUAUAACAUUAACCCACUAAAUGGAGUUAUGAUAGGUAGAGCAUGUAUGGAAAAUACUACUAUUUUAUACCAAACAGAUAAAUUAAUUUAUAAUGAGAAAGUUCCAGAUACUGCAUAUAGUAGAAGAACAGCAUUAAAUGCAUAUAAAUCAUAUUUAGAAGAGAAUUCUAUUUUUUAUAAUGUAGCUAGUGCAUUUGAAUUGUUAAAGCCAAUUUUGGGUAUAUUAAAAGGUAUGCCAGGCCAUAGGCUAUUUAGAAACAAAUUGGAUGUAUAUAUAAGAAAUUAUGCAUCUACACUUCAGUGUUCUGAAAUUUUAGAAAAGGCUAUGAUUGAUGUUGAUAAAAUUGCUCCAGGUUGUUUAGAUUUGCCUUUGAAUGAUUAUAAAAUGCAUCAAGAAUACUUAAAAAAUUAUUAA